AUGGCUUACCACAUCUUUCUGCCCCUCACUGUAGUCUUUGCUUCGCAGACGAAGGCUUUCGACUACGUUGAAUUUGAAUCCGAUAACGACUGUGGAGAGGACGAAUUGUGCUUUUGCGGUUAUUGCCAGUGCAAUGUAACUGAACACAUUAUACGUUGUUCCGCGGCUGAAAAUGCUUUAAAGGGUAUGGAUGUGGCGCCGCGAAUUGUACCAAAUACUGUAAUCCAUAUGUAUCAGACAACUGCAGGUGCGGUGACAUGGCUCAAUGUUUCGAGCAAUACAUCUCGUGCUAUAAAAGCAAAUGCUGAUGCGCUAAUCAGUCCUGUUGCGGAGAUACACACGAAUGAGUAG